AUGCAGUACCAAAUAAGAAAUGUACUUUUGAAGCCAAUCCUUGAUGUCGGUGGCACUGAUAUCUCCCAUUGGUUUGACAAGAUCACUCAUGACGUCCGCAGAUACGUUGAUCCUGAAACUCACUGCCUUAUUCCUUAUUGUCCAAACGGUCGCUUUCUUCACAUCCCGCCGCCUUACCCAGAAUCCAGCUGGGCAAAUGACUUUGGUUGCCCCUGGUGGAAGAAUGAAAAUUUUCUGGUUGGCUUUCUCUCCCAAAAGACUUGCCGUAUCAAGAUUGUAAACUCGUUAACAUCACAGGAACAAAUAAUUGAGGUUUGCUCCGAGGAACAGAUCCAAGAUAUACUCGAGCGUUAUUUGCCAUACAAUGCACAUGCUGCCAGUUACACGUGGAAGUACCAGGGCAAAAACUUGAAUAUGAUGAAAACUCUGGAGGAGAACGGCAUCAAAGACUUUGACGAGGAAUUCUACCAACUGAGGAUGGACGAAAACGCGUACCUCCAGACUAUACACCUGUAUUUCAAUGAUGACCUCACUGUUGCGUGACCUCUCACUACCACUGCCUCCUACACCCCCCUUCCUUUUACAAACUAUGGCUUUAGUUAAAUAUGACUCCAGCCCUCACUACUACUACCAUACCUCCCCCUCUCCUCUAUUCUGAGGAUCACUUCUCUCUCACUACCAUCACGUCUUCCUCCCCCUGUCCUCUAUUCUAAGGAUGACUUCUCUCUCUUACUACCAUUACCUCUUCCUCCUCUCCCUCCUCUUCCUCCCCUCCAACGAUGAUCUCCCUCUCACUAUCACCACCUCCACCCUCCUACUUUUUACAUUCUACACAUCUUUAUUUCAAGGAAGACUUCUUUGCAGCAACUUCAAGUACCUAAACAACAUCUUCCCUUUUAUAAGAAGUAUGCACACACACACACACACACACACACACACACACACACACACACACACACACACACACACACACACACACACACAACACCAACAAUAGUAACAAACAGCAAGAACGAGUGUUCGAAACCACAUUUGGUGGCUAAAAAUAUUCUUCAUUAACAAAUUCUGCAAUUUUCUAUUGUUUCAUUCUUACAUGAAACAAUAGAAAAUUGCAGAAUUCUUCCGCAUAAAACCAUUGGUAGCAUUGUAAAUCAACAAAUAAAGAACACAUACAUACAUGCCUUAAUUUCAACAGUGAUUUCUCAGUGGCAUGAUCUCUCUCACCACCACGACCAUCUGCAUCAUGAUCAUCACCAAGGAAGCUUCUCAACUAUGAGUUUGCUGUAACUGCUAGAAAUAGCAGCCAAACCGUCCUCAAAUCACACCUGACCAUCUUUAAACAGGAAGGAUACAUAAUAUAGCGUAUCUAGAAUUGCAAUAUCUUCUGUUUGUCUGAAAUUAAAACAGGGAUGGUCAUGGUCAGAAUGCUUUCGAUUAGCAACACUGACAUUGAUAAUAGAACCAACACCACCUCCAUCCUUUACUAUUGUGGUGUCCGGUCAUGGUAGCCACACCACCCUCAACAUUUAACUAAAUGUCUAAGCUUCCUUUCUAUUCUACCAGUUUUUUCUGUCAACUCUUGCAUGUCUUCAACAACAACAACAAUAGCAGUUGUAACAACAACAAUAACAGAUGUGACAGAAAUAACACACAAAAAUAGCAACAAUGACAACAGCUGCAACCAAAAACAAUAAUUGUAGUAACGAUUCACAAGAAAUAGCAACAAUGGCAACCACACUUGCAACAGUAGUGACCAACUCACAAAAAUAGCAACACAACAAUAGCCACAGAAGUAAUAAUACAACCGUAAAAGAAUCGGUGAUGCACAACAAUAACAACAGUUACAACAACAAAAACAACUACAAUAACAACAACUGCAGUGACUACAUGAUCACUGUAGCAACAACACACAAUAGUAAGGAUUCCUUUACUCCCACUGCCAUCUAUCCCUUCCUCUUCCUCCUCACAGUUAUUCUUUUCAGGAUGUUCAACAAGAAAUAAAGCAAAGUUGUUCAAAUUGA